AAAAGAAGCCAGAACGACGACGUUUUUGAUAAUUUCUGAUUCGCUCUAAAGAAGAGGAGGUGACCAGUCAUCAAUGGCGAUGAAGGUGACUUUGGAAGGGAAGAGAGUGGUUUUGGUUCCGUACAUGGCGGAACAUGUUCCAAAGUACCAUGAAUGGAUGCAAGACUCGGCGCUUCUUGAAGCUACGGGAUCUGAGCCGUUGAGUCUUGAGCAGGAGUAUGAGAUGCAGCUUUCUUGGACUCAAGAUCCUAAUAAGAGGACUUUCAUUGUAUUGGACAUGGAUUUCAUAAAGGGAGACUUGGCUCAUGGCGAACCGCACAUAGAAGCGAUGACGGGUGAUGUGAAUAUUUACAUGAAUGAUGUGGAUGAUCGUAAGGUUGCAGAGGUUGAAAUAAUGAUAGCUGAGGCCAGAAGCCGUGGUAAAGGACUAGGAAAGGAAUCUGUAUUGAUGAUGAUGGCUUAUGGUGUCAAGAACUUGGAGAUUCACAAGUUCACAGCCAAGAUUGGGGACUCAAACACAGCUUCCCUCAGCUUAUUCCGCAAACUGGGUUUCGAGGAGUCUUCUUACAGCAAUAUCUUCAAAGAGGUUACGCUCGAGUAUUCCGUGACAGAUCUCCGUCGAGCCGAGCUUUUGAAGUUAUUGGAUGAAGUCAUCACACACACUAGUUCAUCAGAAACCCCAUCAGACUCUCUGCUAACAUGAGAAGCUAUUGCUUAAAACAAUUUUGUUCAGUGUUAGACAUUGUUUUUACUUUUCUCUUCAAUCUAGGAAACGAAUGAAAAAUUGUACGGAAAAAACUCAUAUGUUCACCGUUCUCACAUAUAUGUGUCAUAAAUUAUAUAGUAUGGAUUUUAUGCAGCA